AUGAAAAUUGAGAAUGGAGCUUACGCUCAAGAACAACAAGAUAAGACAAAAUCACAGGCAUUAAUUAACACUAUCAAAGAAACUCACAGAAAAGUUAGUGAAGCAGUUGAAAAUGCAAUUAAUGAUUUUAAAAAAGCCUUCAAUGCUGCCAAAGAAAGAGCUAAUGAAAUUCGUGAAAUAAUAGUCAACAAAGCUAAAGAAUUUUUAGAUAAAUCAUUGCAAGGUACUCGUAAAGUUUUGUCAACACUGGAAGAAAAGUUUGAAAAAUUAUGGCAGUUUGCUGGAAAAAUUGACAUAAAACAAUGCAAAACAAUUGGUACAACUCUCUUGCAUCUUGGUAAAGAUGCACUUAUUAACAUGUCAGGUUGCGUUAAUAAAUCAAUAGAAUUAGGUACUGAGUAUAUUAAAAAUAUAUUCAACAUUGCUAAGGAUGUACCGGAAAAUGUCAACUAUUUUGCUGAACAAGCACAACGUUGUUUGGAAGGAAAACAACAAUCCAAAGAAUCAGACGCUAAAAAUAUCAUCACCUGUAUAAAAAAUCUUGGAUCAGAAGUAUUCAAUAAAACGACUGAAUCAAUCACCAUAGUUGCUGCAAAUGUUGCCAAACUUACAACUCUCUUAUCUCAAUUUACAACUGAUUUACCUGCUGGUAUUCCAAUGUGUAUUACCAACAAAGGCAUUGACACUCUUUUGGAAAACUCUCAUAUUAUUUAUUCUGAAGUAGAAACUUGUGUUAAGCUUAACAUUGACAAAUUCAAGCGAAUAAAUCAAUUAAGAAGAAAUUGGUUUAUGAGCACAAGUGGUUAA